AUAGUAAAAAAAAGUAUUAUAACAAAAUGUAUUCAUCAAUUCAAAGUGCAUCAAAAUUAUUGUCAUUAUUAUUAUAUUUAUUAAUUGGUAUAUCUAUAACCAAUGUUUUGGCUGCCUAUCAAUAUCCUAAUGUUAGACGAGAUGAUAAAAUUGAAGAUAACUUUUGGGGCAAAAAACUUAAAGAUCCCUAUCGUUGGUUAGAGGAUCCGGAUAGCAAUGAGACUAAAAAGUUUGUCAACGAUCAGAAUGGUGUUACCCAACCAUAUGUCAAGAAAAACAAAAACAGGGAUCAGAUCACUAAAAAUUUUAAAGAUAUUUACAAUUAUCCAAAAUAUGGCGUUCCCUUUAAAAAGGGCAAUAAAUACUAUUAUUGGGCCAAUACGGGUCUACUCAACCAAAAUGUCUAUUACUCGGCCGAUUCGUUGACAUCUGAAGCCAAAGUAUUUUUAGAUCCAAACCAAUUGAGUGCCGACGGCACCACAUCUUUGCAUUUUAUUUCAUUUUCCAAAGACGGCAAAUACUGUGCCUAUGGUAUCAGCAAAGGAGGAUCCGAUUGGAUUACCAUUAAGAUUAAAGAUACGCAAACACUAAAAGAUUUACCCGAAACUCUGACCAAAAUUAAAUUUUCGUCGACCGCCUGGACUCACGAUAAUCUCGGCUUCUUUUAUGCCUAUUAUGAUGAGUAUACCGGACCGGGUGAGGGAACCGAUCCGAAACCACCGGAAAAUCAAAAAUUAUAUUAUCAUAAGAUUAAUACAAACCAGGAUCAAGACAUUAUGAUAACCAAAUUCCCGGAACAUCCUAAAUGGCUUAUUGGUACACCUAUAGUCAGUGAUGAUGGCAAAUAUGUACACAUCUUUCCACAGGAGGGAACGUCAACUGUUUCGUGGUUUUUUGCAAAACUGUCGAAACAGCCCAUCAAUCAAGAGCUGCCGUUUACGCCCGUAAAAGACAAGGCCGACGCCGAAUACUUUUAUGUGACCAGUGAUGACAACUUAGUCUAUAUGCGUACCAAUAGAAAUGCAGCAAAGUUUCGGGUCGUGAGAGUUGAUCUCAAUCAACCCGAUGAGUCCAAUUGGGAGGUUAUACUACCCGAACAUGAAAUCAGUGUUCUCAACGAUGUUGUGGCAGUUAAUAAAAAUUAUAUGGCAGUCAUUUAUAUGAGAGAUGUGGUCCAUAUUAUUGAAAUACACCGAUUAAGUGAUGGACAAUACUUGUGGGACGUCGACACACCCAUUGGUACUGUCAAUGGUAUUAGUGGUGACAGAGAUGGCAAAGAGUUAUUUUACAAGAUAUCAUCGUUUCUGAGUCCAGGAGUUAUCUAUAGAUAUGAUUUCAAUACUAAUCCAAACACUAUUAGUAUUUUCAAAGAAUCUAAAGUUCAAGGACUAGACAUCACUGAGUUUGAGACAAAUCAAGUAUUUUUCAAGAGUAAGGACGAGACAGUACGGGUGCCGAUGUUUUUAGUACACCGAAAGAAUAUCAAACUUGACGGCUCUAAUCCAACCCUACUCUACGCUUAUGGAGGUUUCAAUAUAAACAUCGAACCGGGAUAUGACCCGUUGGCCACGUUUUUCAUUAAACAUCUUAACGGAGUCUAUGCGUUGGCUAAUAUUAGAGGCGGAGGAGAGUACGGUGAGAGUUGGCACGAGUCGGGUAUGAAAUUAAAGAAACAAAACGUUUUCGACGACUUUGCUUCAGCUGCUCAAUGGCUCAUCAAUAAUAAGUACACACGAAAGGACAGACUGACAAUCAAUGGUCGCUCAAAUGGUGGUCUAUUGGUGGGCGCAGUUAGCAAUCAGAGACCCGAUAUAAUUGGAUGUUCAUUGGCUAACGUGGGUGUGAUGGAUAUGAUACGGUUCCCAAAUUUUACAGUAGGCUGGGCCUGGACUGAGGAGUACGGAAAUCCUCAAACUAAUCAAACAGAGUUUGAAUAUAUUCUCAAGUAUUCACCGUUGCAUUCAAUAAUAGAUGUUCCGCCAAAAUAUCCAGCAAUGCUUGUAUUGACCGCCGAUCACGACGAUAGGGUAGUGCCGGCCCAUUCAUACAAGUUUAUCGCACAACUUCAGUACCAAUUGGGCAAUAAAUUACCGGACACUCCGCUCAUGAUUAGAAUAGACACCAACUCGGGUCACGGCGCGGGAAAACCGAUAUCCAAAUGGAUUGAAGAGUAUACAGAUAUCGUAUCAUUUAUAUUGAAUUCAUUGAAUAUUGAUUAUCCCAAACAACCAAUAAUUAUAACAAAAAUGGCGUCACUUCGGCGGUCAAAUGCCGCCAAAUACUGGACACAAUCGCUGGCGAUCACAGUAUUGGCAUUAAUGAUGACAAUUGGUUCGGCAUUUCCCGGUUUCCUAUCGGGUUCGGCCAUCAAAUCGCUAUACAAUUUCAACGAUCCGGACAUCCGAUCGCUGACUGACACCAACUUUACUCAUCACGUCUACGACGACAAACGUAACUCAGGUCGCGUCCAAUUGAUCCAGUUUUACAACAGUUGGUGCGGCCAUUGUAUUGCAUUUGCGCCGACGUUCAAGGAGUUGGCCCGACAGGUACGCACGUGGCGUCAAUUGUUGGCCAUUCGGGUCGUAGACUGCGCUCAAGACAUCAACACUAAACUAUGUCGCGAUAUGAAUAUCAAUGUCUAUCCGACGCUCAAAAUGUAUUGGUUUAAUCCCAAACACGACGAUAAAGGCGUUGAACUCAAUACCGAUGAACGAUCAUCGGAUGGCAUACAAAAAGGUAUUAUUAAAUGGAUGGGCGAGAACUGGUCACGAGGAGUGCCUCGCCAAUGGCCAGACCUGAUGCCAGUGGCGGCCGAAUCGAAAGAGCGAUUUAUUAAACUGCUUCCCAUCGAAAAAGGACUUCCAAUUGUAUUGAUUAUCGAAAACGAAAAGUCAUAUUUGGGACGACAGGUGAUAUUAGACCUAAACAAAUACCAGUCAUCGGUUACAGUGUUGCGUAUGUUGGAGUCGACUGACACUUUAAUCAAAGAGAUAUUACCGGAACCGUUGAACAAUUACAAACUGCCAAUAAUGUUGAGCAUCACAAACAAAGACUAUAUGUUUAAAUUGCUGUCGAAGAAUAUUUAUUCAGACAAAGAUAUUCGUUCAGAGUUUAUCCGAAUUAUAAAAAAACAAUUCGUUUCCAAUAGUGACGACUUGGACACUGAUAGAGAGGUCAGUGUUCAACAAUUAGCGCCCAACAAACAACCUGAAGACUCGUCGGUGGCCAAAAUCAUGGGUAGUAUCGAGAGUCCGACCACUGGUCAACGUCUAUCGAUGGUUGACCUCAACAAUGCACUCCGAAAUUCACUUUUUCAUGAGGUGGCACUCAAGAAGACAUUAAACUCAACUCAUUUAAAUGCACUCAAGAAUUACUUAACAGUACUUGAACUUCAUUUUCCGUUCCAAUCAAACAAAAUGCAAACAUUUGUUAAAUACCUCAACGAAUGGUUGUCAAAGAAGCGGGUAACUGAUGUGGAUGUAGAGGACAUGUUGGCCACAAUGAAGACAUACGAAGAAUACUAUCACUUUCCAGAGAUGAAGCCGUGGAGUACGUGCGCUGGCAGUGAUGCCAAAUAUCGGGGAUAUCCCUGUUCUAUGUGGACUAUGUUUCACACAUUAACAGUUGCUGAAUACAAGAAUACUCUUCGGUCACAAAAGUGGUCGACAUUGCAUUCAGUGUUAUAUGCAAUGCGUGAUUACAUUAAAAACUAUUUCGGCUGUACGUAUUGUGCGAAACACUUCCAGGAGAUGUCCACUGAACUGGAGUCUACGCUAACCUAUCCGAACAGUUCGGUACUAUGGCUGUGGAGGGCUCACAAUCGAGUCAACAAACGACUUCAUGGAGACCCCAGUGAAGAUCCAAAGCACCCGAAACAACAAUAUCCUACUCGAGAGGACUGUGCCGAAUGUUAUGACCCAAAUGGCCAGUUUGUCGAACGAAAUGUAUUCGAGUUUUUGUUACGACAUUAUUCGGCCGAUAAUAUUGUUAAAGACGAAUCGGAAUUGAAAGCCGAAUUACGGGCCGACAGUGUUAAAUCAGGCGAUGAAAGUCAACGAUCGGCCAAUACUUCAAUCAAAGCAAUUAACGUAUUUAAUAAUAUGGACUAUAGUUUACUACUCAUAUUGUAUAUAUCGUCGGCGGCCAUACUUCUGACCAUUUGUGUCUAUCUUAAGAUAAUUAAGCGAAGAAGAGGCCAAAAAUACAAUACACUUAAACCGUCGUUCGCUUAAAACUGAUUGACUGUCAACCAAACGGACAUUAUUUUAAUGAUUAUGAUAUUAACGAAGUUUACCGUAAAUUUUAAUAUCAUAAUUUAAUUUUAAUUUAUAUACAACUUAUUGUUUUGUAUAUUAUUUU